AUGUGGACUGAGUGGAUUUUUAUUGGCCUGUUGGUUCUGCCCUGCGCAGUUUCCACCUCGCAACCCAAACCAAUUAAAGUGAGGUUCUCCUCUGUGAACCUGAGGAACGUACUGCACUGGUUACCAGGAAAUGAUUCGCUGGACACAAAAUUUACAGUGCAAUAUGCUGUCUACGGGAAACCUAUUAAGAACGCUGAAGGAAAAUCUGAAAUCUGGAGACCAGUGCAGGAGUGCAGGAAAAUAACACGGACUUGGUGCGAUCUGAGCAAUGAGACAAAGGCCGAGGAACAAGGGUAUUUUGCCAGAGUUCGUGCCAUAGGGUCGCAAUCCUCUUCAACCUGGGUUGUGACACCAAGGUUUGACCCAAAAUCAGAAACUGUUUUUGGUGCGCCUGAGGUUUCUGUGGAAAUAGAGAACAACAGUGCCAUUAUCAGUCUGAAGGGACCAAUGAGGUAUUUAUCAAACACUGCAAGGCUUCACCCCAUGAAGGAGGUCUACCCCCACAUGUCUUACAACCUCUCCAUCCACAAUACCCACCUCAACCAGGUGCAAUAUAUUCCAGUGGUCACCAGCCCAUACAAAUAUCAGCUGAUGGAGUACAAUACAAAAUACUGCUUCUCUGCCAAGACUAGAUUCCUCACCAUUCAAAUGAAAAGCAAGUCCUCCGUGUGGCACUGCAUAACCACGCCUAAAGAUCCUGUGAUUGAGCAGCUGCAAAGUUCACUUGUGGGGAUUGUCGUCCCAGGUCUGUGCAUUUGCAUGUUUGUGGUGAUUGGAUACAUUCUCUAUCACUACCUCACUGGGAAUGACCAGAAGAUCCCACGUACACUAAAGCAACCUUCCUUCUACCCACCUCCUCUCAAGUACGCUACGGACAUUACCCACCUUGUGACCAUCACAGAACAGCCACAGUUCUCUAAGCCCCUGCCAGUCAUUGAUUUAAACCCCCCACCCAUAUAUACCCCUCCAAACCCCAAGGAUGAUUUAGAAGGUGACUAUGGCAGUGUUUCCAGAGAAGGGGAUGGCCAUGAAGAAAGAGACAAUCAGAAUAUCACGACGUGUGAUCACGCAAGUCCCUCAGCUGGUGUUUAUGCACCUCAGGUAAAUACCUGCAACUGUCGCAGUCUGGCCCAUGCAGGCCAUCAAUUGCAAACCCCAGAGCAGACAGAGGCUGUCUCUUUAAUACAGAUGCACCUGUGGCCGCAGGUAAAUACAACUUUACCACUGCGCCCACAUGCACCAGUUCUAUCUUCUCAGGAAUCAGUAGCAGGAGAGUCUUCAGGUCUGUUUAUAAGCAGAAACUCAUUUACUGGCCUCUUUGAUCUCCAUCUGAACCUACAUAAACAGAAGGAGGCAGAGGAGGGGAGACGGACCAGUGGAAAAGAAAAGGGAGGCCAGGAAGAAAGAAGUAGCAGCGAAAAUGUUCCUCUGCUUUCUGGUUACGCGCCUUGGAAUAUAACGAACGUGCCUCCAGUCCAAUCUGAUGAGUCUGAUUACUCAGCAGAAUACUCGUGUGUUGUGAUUCAACCUCCGGCAGAGACAGCAGAGCAAAGUGAGUCGACAAAUGGGAGGGAGGGGGGAUACGUGCCUAUCAGCUGGAGCAGCGAGACAAGUCAGCUAGAGCUGCCACAGCCAGAGGGAGGUGAAGAAAUAACUGGAGAUAGCAUUUUUAAUGGAAAAUGGGGCUUGGUUUUACUGAACGAGUAG